AGCGCGCGUGCGCCAAGGGAGUGCGCGUGCCCGGUGGGGCGCCGCGCGCACAUCCGACCCCGCCACGCCCGGCGCUGGGCCACCUCCUCCGGGAAGCCCUCCUAGCGCCCGGCCUGACCGAGUCGUCCCCUGCGUUCCCCCUCCCCUCAUAGGGACGUCUGCACCCGCCUUUCUCAUGCUAGGGGUGGGGAGAUCUGUCCAGUUUGUUCACCUGCCCGUUCCAGGGCUCAGCCGGCGCCAGGAAGUACAUAGAAGGUGUCUAAUAAGUGUGCGAAUCCCCAUGGCAGGGCAGGGCUCCCUGCAAGGACAACAGUGACCGCAGCCGCAGCUCCAUUCCGCUCCUGCCGUCCCACCCCACCCCAGGCUGGGCGCUGUCACGCACCCUGGUUCCAUCUGCGCCAGGAUAAGCGCAGGGGGUGCGCGCCGCGUUUCCCAGACGAGGAGACGGGCACAGAACGAUGGGUCGCCACAGAUGGAAGGAGCUGAGAGCUCCCCCCACCUUCACUGACCUGCCCAUGUGGGUGGGGCCCUGGGAGUCUCCUGGGACCCACAGAGGCCUUGGCAACGCACGCCACCCAGGCUUGUCGCAGCAACAGCCACCAGCCCAGGCUGUGAUUCAGGCAGCACUGGGCUUGGAGCUGGCCAGAAUUCCUUUUGCCUAUGGAGCACGCAGCGGCCACAGGCCCCAGGCCAGGGGCUCCAAGGUGGCCCACUGAGAAUGUCGUGCCACGAGCCGAGGACUGGCUGCAAGGAGUUCCUCGGGGCCCCCCAGCAUGGGCCACCAGCCUUGAGACAGAGCUGCUGUCAGAUCUCGAGCUGAGUGAGGAGCAGCGGCUGCAGAUCUCCAAGGAGCUGGUUGACGUUCAGAUCACGACCCAUCGCCUGCGAGAGCAGCACGAGGCUGAACUCUUCCAGCUAAAGAGUGAGGUCCUUCGGCUGGAGGGCCGGGUGCUAGAGCUGGAGCUGCACGGAGAUGGUGCCAGCCAGGCGCGUGCAGCCCCAGCAGAGCCUGACCCAGGGCGCCGCCAAGCACCAGCCCAGGAGCUCAGGCGCAAACCCCAGGGCCCUGGACGCCGUGACCACCGCAGACUCCAGCUGCCGGGGGGCCAGGAGCAGCUGCAGGGAGAAGUGGAGUGGGCGCUGGAGCGCCACAAGGCCCAACAGCAGGCGCUGGAGACACAAGUGGCAUCCCUGAGCCGGCAGCUGCAGGAAGCCCAAGAGGAGGCCAGGGCAGCUGGGCAGCGACUGGCCGCACAAGCUGUGGUGCUGUCCACCUGCCAGGGCCAGCUCCGCCAGGCCGAGGCCGAGAAUUCCCAGCUGCAGCUGCAGCUCAGAAAGCUGAACGAGGAGUACGCCUUCCGGCUGCAGCGCUGUGCCCGGGAGGUGGUGGAGUAUGCCAACGGUGCGGUCCAGGCACCUGCAGCCACAGCCCUGCGGACGUUCCUGGAGGCCACCCUGGAGAACAUUCGGGCAGCGCACCGCUGCCGUGAGCAACAGCUGGCCCGGGCCGCUCGCGCCUACCGCAAGCGCCUGGCAGAUCUGAGCCACAGGCAUGAGGAAGUGCUGGCCUACCACAGGGGCCUGGACACGACAUCCUGGGCCCAGAUCCACCAGAAGCUCCAAAACUUCUCCCAUGGCACCCAGGCAGAGCUGGAACAGGAGCGGGCACAGCUGCUGGUCCGGGCCACUGUAGCUGAAGAGCAACUUUCUGAGCUACAGGAGUACGUGGACCAGCACCUGGGCAGGUACAAGCAGGAAAUCCUGAGGCUGAGGAAGCUGGUGGGUACAAGGGACCCCUGGAAAGUGGGGGCCACAUCCCCAGCCAAGCCCCAACAUCCACGGACAUGCAGCCACUAGACAGUCUUCCCAGGAAGUGCACAGAGCACACUCCUGUGCAGCCAGCAUGGAGCCAUCCCCACCAGCCCCUGCUAAACAAGUCAGCGUGGAA